AUGGAGGCGCCGUCGCAGGAGGGCGAGGCCGAGGGCGCCGAGCACCGGCUCGCCAAGGAGGAGCGCCCGUGCCUGGCCGAGGCCGACCAGGGCGAGCAGUCGCCGGCCGAGCUGCAGGAGGAGGCGGCCGCUGAGGCGACGGGGCUGAGGCACGAGCAGCAGCAGCGGCUGUGGAGCCUCUUCCAGAUCUCAGCCACCGCCGUGGCCCAGCUCUACAGAGAUUGCGGGUGCCAGCAGCCAGGACUGUCCCUGUGGGACCCCUUCCAGAACGCGGCCGUGGCCGUGACCAGCCUCUACAAAGAGAGUGGGGAUGCCCACCAGCGAAGUUUCGACCUGGGCGUCCAGGUUGGCCGCCAGCGGCGCCUGAGAGACGUGCUGGAGUGGGCGCGGAAGAGCCGGAGCAUCAUUCGCCGGGAAGACCUCAUCAGUUUCCUGUGUGGUAAAGGGCCGCCCGCCCCGUCGCCGCCGCGCACCCCCAGGACACCCCCGAAAGCGCCCGCCGGGGCGGCCGGCCAGGCGGCGGCCGCCGCCACCGAAGACAGCUCGUCGGUGGACGUGGACCUGCAGCCCUUCCACGAGGCCAUCGCCCUGCACGGCCUCAGCGGGGCCAUGGCGAACAUCAGCGUGCGGUCCGGCGCCCCCGGCUCCCCGCCACAUGACAGCGGCGUGGCCAGCGGCGCGCGUCGAAAAAGCAGCUUCCUUGAGGACAACUUGAGCCCCUUCGACUCGGAAGAACCGGCCCUCCGCCUGGACAGCGCCGGGACCCGUAAGCGAACCUCGGCCCAGUGCGAAGAUAGCAUCACAGACUCGCCAACCCACAAGCGCAACCGAAUGGUCUAA